AUGGCAAGGCCUCUUCUUGUUUCUAAUCUUCACAAUUUUCUUCUAUAUUCAUCAUCCAUGUCCUACACAACAAUUCUCUUUCUUGUUCUUGCUAUUUUCUCUAUGUUUUCCAUCAUCACUUUUCUAUGUGGUACUAAGAGCAUGAAGAAUCUCUACGUGGAGGAAGAAGCAACGGCGGUAUCGGCGAGGAACGAAAACAAGUUGAUUUGUAAGCUGAAAAGGAAGAUUAAUAGGAGAAGAGUUUCAAUGAUGAAGAAGCUAUAUUGGAGAAAAAUAGAGGCUGAAGAAUUGGAGGAAGGAAAGCAAGAUGAUGAAGAAGAAGCUCUUUGGAAGAAGAAUAUAUUGAUGGGAGAAAAGUGUCGACCUAUAGAUGAAGAUAAUUAG